AUGGUUCUAGAACUUCAGCAGCACCAGUAUCAAUCAAAGAGCAGGAAAUCCCCCGCUCUUCUUGAUCUCCCUGAUGAGGUUCUCGAACUUAUAAUCAACCAACUUACUCAACUUGAUAUCGUUCAGGUUCGAUUAUUAAAUUCAAAAUUAUGUGAUUUGGCCUCCCGAAAACUAUACAAAAACAUAUAUUUGAAUAAUAGUGGGCCCAGAAUUUACCUAUCAAACAAGCUACACACAUCAUUUUAUGACAAUUACACUAUAGUCAACGAUAAGAAAAAAUUUAAAAAAGUGAUUCCUAACCGCAACAUGAAAUAUACUCAGCAAAUUAUGUUUCGGAUAGAGCAUGAAGAUGAAAUAUAUUUAAAAAUGUAUAUAGUAGAGCUAUUUCCUCACAUUGUUAUUAAGGGGGAUCCAUUCGAUGAAGAAUACUUCAUUUAUUCGGAUGGUAUUAGCCACUUUCAUUUACCAAGUUUUAGAAAACCACCUCAAGACAGAUCUUUGGUUAAUAGAUUAACUAUCGACAGCCCACUAUCAGAAGAGGUUGACAUUAUAUCACAAUUUUCAAACAUAGCAAAAGUUGAGCUUUCUGAAAUUGAUAAUUUUACGCUCAACCUAUUGUCAAAUUUUAGCCACAACUUUUGCAAAGUUACAAGUUUGACUAUUUCCGAUAGAUUAGAAUUAGACAUCAAAUUAUUGGCAAGGUUGUUUAAAUUAGAUCAAAUCACUUCCUUCCAGCUUCAGCUUUACCGCAACUUGGGUGAUGGUUCAAUUUAUUCCGAUUUUAAAUGGAUCCUUUCGCAAAUGACAAAUUUAAAGCAUUUAGUAUUGUCAUCAAACCUUGGGCUUGAAAAUUACCUUCUGGGGCAACUAAAUCCAAAUUCAUUGCUUUCUUUUGUUUUAAUAUCUAAUUAUGGCCCAAGAUACGAAUUUACCUUACCCAUGUUUUUGCUUGAACAGCAGUCAAUCACAAGGUUAUGCUUCUCAACAAGCACACUAGAAACAAGUAUAUUCUGGAAUCCUAAUAGAUUUGAACGAAUUAGCAGAACCAAUGGCGAGCAAAACCGAGGUGAUAAAGGAGCAACAAAUUAUAUUCAAAACUUAAUUAGAUUUGGGAAAUGCCCAAGAUUGAAUCAAUUUAUUAUAAACAAUACCUACUAUUUUGUUGAGAGACAUUCAAAUGAUUCAAUUGAUUUUACUAAGUUUCCAGAAUAG